GCAACACUCUAGGCUUGAGCCGACAACCACUUUUUCCUCCUGGCUGGUGCUUUGUCACACGCAACAAAAGAGUUGGUGUGCUACUUCUGUCCUCGUCGAGACUUACAUCAAAGUUUCUUCCGAGCCGGGCAACGAAGGGCCAACGAAGGAGAUUCUUGCUCUCGAAUCGUUCGAGCAUCCUCUCCAAUAGCGUCCAAAAUCCAUAUCUCUAAUCCUUGUUUCUCCCCCUCCUGCCACAUCCUCUCUGAUGAGCAACCGGUAGACAAAGGAGAGCGAGGGCAAGAAACCUUAUGACACAACGGCCCGACCAUGCAGAUGACAGCUGCUCCGUGAACCAAACUGUCCCGGCGGGCUCGCGUGUCGUCGAGGCACCGCCGGCGUUAGUCCCCGAUCACAUCCCCCCUGCAUCGUCGUCUCUGCCUCUUCCUGAGCAGAGCAACAAUGCCAACAACAACAACCGUAGUGGCACUUCUCGUGCUGCCGCUGCUGUAGAGCAUGAUGCUCCCCUGGGUAGCCCCCGCGCGGUGACGGCCCCCAGCAGCGACAACGAGAAGGCUGCCCCUGCCGACCAAGUCCAGCCACAUGCCGCUGCUGGCAACACCGCCGACAACAGCAAUGGCGACGACGACUUCCCCGAGGGCGGCCUCGAGGCCUGGCUCGUGGUGUUUGGCUCCUUCUGCGCAAUGAUCUCCGUCUACGGGCUCAUCAACUCGGCCGCCAUCUUCGAGUCGUACUUUUCCAACAACCAGCUCAAGGGCUACGACAGCUCGACCAUUGGCUGGAUCUUCAGCGUGUACCUCUUCCUCGUCUUCUUCGCAGGCAUCCAGGCUGGCCCCAUCUUUGACGCCUACGGCCCGCGUUGGCUUGUGGCUGUUGGCAGCAUCAUGGUCGUAGCCAGCCAAAUGCUCCUCAGCGUCUCGACUGAGUACUACCAGAUCCUCCUGACCUACUCGGUCCUUGGCGGCCUGGGUGGUGCGCUGCUCAACGUCCCCGCAUACGGCGUCAUCGCGCACUUUUUCAAGGCCCGCCGCGGCCUGGCUACGGGUAUGGCGGCCACCAGCGGCUCCAUUGGCGGCAUCGCGUUCCCCUUCUUGUUCCAGGCUACUUUCCCCCGCUUGGGCUUUGGCUGGAGCACGCGGAUCAGCGGCUUCAUCCUGCUUGCGCUCGCGGUGCCGGCCAACUUGCUUGUGCGGUCGCGCCUCACGCCGACAAAGAAGAAGCUCAAACUUCAGCAGCAGCAGCAGCAAGACGUCACCGAGCAGGGGACCGUCACUGCCGUGACCGCUGGCCCCCCGUCAACCAAGAGCAGCGUGAUGCCCGACUGGAGCCUCUUCAAGGAUUCCAAGUAUCUCCUCUGCUGCCUCGGCCUGUGGUUCAUGGAAUGGGGCAUCUUCAUCCCGCUGACCUUUAUCGUGUCCUACGCGGCGGACCACAAGGCCUCAUCGUCCUCGUCCUCGCAUAACGACACUGCAGGCCCGGCGUACACCCUCCUCGCCCUGCUCAACGUCGGCUCCUUCUUCGGCCGCUUCCUCCCCGGCUUCCUCGCCGACAAGGUCGGGCGCUUCAACGUCAUCGUGGUGACCAACGGCCUCUGCGCCGCCACCAUCCUCGGCCUCUGGCUCCCCGUCGCCUGGGUCCCCGCCGGCCCCGGCGCCGACGCCCUCCUCAUCGUCUUUGUCAUCGUCUUCGGCUUCAUGUCGGGCAGCAACCUGGGCCUGUUCCCCGUCUGCAUCGGGCAGCUGUGCGAGGCCCGCGACUACGGCCGCUUCUACUCGACCGCCCUGAUGCUCGGCAGCUUCGGCACGCUCACUAGCGUCCCCAUCGGCGGCGCGUUGCUCAGCGUCGGCGGCGGCGGCGGCGCGGCGAGCGAGCAAGGAUGGAACGCGCUCAUCGUGUUCGCCGCGCUGUCGUACUUUAUCGCCAUGAGCUGCUUUCUCGCGGCGCGGGUCCUGGCGACGAGUUGGCGGGUCAAGGAGGUCUUCUGAGCAGGCCAGGAGCAGGGUGGUUUGAGACUUUUGUGACUUUUGUGUGUGCGCGUCCUCGGACCCGGGCAUCAUUGUUCAAACAGGCUGGACGAUUGGUGCUGAGACGGGGGUUGAAGAAACCGGCUUGUGCAGAGAAAACAAGGCCCUCGUGGCUUUGUGUGGAGAGAGAGUCUAUUCAGGAGGCGAGCUUAUUGUUGCGUGGUGGCGGUUUGGGGAGGAAAGAAAUAAAUACGAGAACGGGAUCUGAAGACUGGCCAUAUUCAAAUACGAUCACACAGAUUAUUUCGCACCCGCCAUGAUGUUACUGCCAUAUUGUGAUCAUUUAUGUCCUAAGUGCUCAAUAUUAAAGACCAG